AUGGAUAUCUUCCACGACACACACGUGAUGCGCUCCGAAGGAGAUGCCUUGGCCGCCAUGAUCGCCAUUGAAAAAAACAACGACGCACACGCCGCGCAGCGUGCCGGGCGAUACGACGAGGCCAUCCGCCUGCACACUGAGGCCCUCCAGGCUAAGAUCAAAUUCCACGGCGAGCAGUCCGCCGAGGCAGCCUACUCCUCCAAUGGCCUCGGCAGCGCCUAUCUCCUGGCUGGCAAACUCGACGAGGCUGAGGAUGCGUUCAGGAAGGCCCUCAAGAUCAGGGACGACGCAGCCUUCGGCGGCAUGGAGCGGGGCCCGCGAAAAUAUGCUGCUGAGACCCGGGACAAUAUGGCGCGUGUCUUGGAGGCGCGCGGGGACUUCCCAGGGGCGCGAGAGCUCCGCCUCAAGGGUGCGGAUCAGGGGCAUACGAUUUGUGGUUGUGUGGAUUGUGUGACGCCUGGAGGCACAAUGCUCUCCCGACCACAGUUGAAAGCCUGUGGUGCGUGCCAUUCUGUCUUCUACUGCAGUCCUACCUGCCAGAAGAGAGACUGGGUGAAGAGACACAAGCCUCUCUGCAAAAAGUACACAGCUUCGAAGCAGUCAAACGCCGCGCCAGCUGGAGCCGACGCAUCCGCCUAA